GGUCAAGGUAUCUGCAAGGAAGACCGCGUCUGACUCAGUCAGUAUAGUGCCAACGGCCAUUGCUGACUGACACUGGUUCAAGGAUGUCACCAGCAGCGUCGUUCGCUCAACGAUGGGCUCGUGACAACCUGACCAGAGAGGCGUCUCCGGAAGAGCUGGUAGUCCUGGGCCUCUUCCCCAUUACCUGUGAGGGAAAUGAGGCUGAAGCUGCGAAGAGGGCGAGGAGGUACUACACUGCUAGAGGACCUGGAGGACUGACAGAGUUGUGGCACAAGAGGCACCCUGAUGAUGAAGAGAUUCUGUCUAGCUGUCAAGAUGUAUACAUAGUUCCACUGCGAUCUCGUAGCCUGGGAGGAAGACGAGUCACCCUGGUCAGAUUGCCAGCACACACAGCUUUGGACAGACCGAUCUCAGCCAAGGCGUUGCUGUCCAGAUGGCUCAUGAUAUUGGAUAUCAGACUCCGUGAAGAUCCAACUCCUGGCGAGGAGGUGAUCUUCAUCGACGUAGCUGAUCUCCAGCCGGCACACAUCAAGAGCCACUUCAGAGGCACAUACUGGAAAGACUUCGUAUGGUGUAUGAAGACUGCUUACCCGCUCCGCAUCGCAGAGGUCCACGUCAUCAAUACUCAGCGUUUGAAGACCAUGUCUCUUCUCUUACUUCACAUAGGGUUAUACCCUUGGAGACGUAAAGUGGUGCAGCUCCAUGGUAGUUCGGAUAGCAUUGAGGACGCCUUGGGUUCAGACCGGUUGGCGGUUGAAUCUCUACCGUAUGAAUAUGGUGGGAGGGCUGGACUUAUGAAGGAUUUGAAUGACGAAUGGACAAAGAAACUACUAUCAAAUUCAAAAUGGCUGCAGAAAGAAGAACGCAAAUUCUACGACACAGAUCUCAAGCCUGAGGGGCGCGCGCGCACCCGACAUCGAAGCGCAGUGCGAACGCUGCGCGGGAGCAAUGGAUCCUAUGACAUGGUCACGCGCACACACUCGUGCAGAUCUUUGCACCGACAUGACGACCUUGAUGAGGGGACCCAUGGUGCCUAUAGGACAUUGAAAGUUACUAGUGAUAGGGUUGUGUGAUUUUUGUUUGAAGAUCCUGAGAUCCUGGUGUGAUGUGAUAGGUUUUUAAGUGUUUAUUGUGCUAAAUACUAUAAUUGUCUUGUAACAACUAUUAUGGUGUUUUUCCAACAGAGAUAUACUAUGUAGCUAUGCUACGAAGAUGUAAUAACUGAGCUGUGAAACUAUGUGACCGUUUCCACUGAUGCUGCUAAGCUAUGUAGCAGAGCGAGGAAGAUACGAUGCUCGAGUAUGCGAUGUAUCGAUAACGAACCGCAAAACCAUCUAUAGCACGCAUAUUUCCAUAUAAAAAACAUAACUUAGCUGAGUCUGUUUCCACCAAUGCUACUAAUGAAUAAAUAUCAUUGGUGGAAGUCAAACGCAUCCACAGCAACGUAGAAUAUCACAUAUCUGGUGGAAAAGCACACCUAUUCUCAUAAAUUUGACUUCUGACAAACAAAAGCAAAAGCUUCAUGUACAUACCUUUUCUAUUCGCCUACUGCCUUGUAUAUUAUGUUUUUGGUAUAAUACGAGAUUAUUUUAUUGUUUACAUUUUAUGUUUGAAAACAUAUUUCUGAUAUACCUAGAUACUGAGAUUUCUUAAUGUUAAUAAUAAAACCAUACUUUUGUACCUUGUCAUGCAAUUCUAAUUUAUACCUUGUCUACAUUAUUUUUUUACAACAUUUCUAUUAAUUCUCUUUAAUAUUAUAGCUUUUAUCAAACCUUG